UGAACGGGUCGGGUGUGACUGAAACGAAACGUUAACACGAAUUGAAUUCAAUGUUUACGCGUCUUGAAUAAACCGAAUUUUCUCUACAGUAGUUGCUGAGAUGUAUGAAGUGACAAACGCAGAAGAUUCCGAACUCUGCCGGCUGUGCCUCACGGAUGAUGGCAGCAUGUCAUCAAUAUAUAAAAGCGGUCAAUUGGAUUUGGUACGAAUGCUGCGCGAAUGCACUUCCAUUCAGAUUGAACCGGUCGAGGGAGUUCCCAUGACAAUUUGCGAGGUUUGCAAAUCAAAGCUGAUCAUUUGCUAUCAGUUUGUUCAGCAAUGCAAAAAAACGGAAGCUCGUGUGCGGGAAAUUUUUGCACACCAUUUCGAGCUGGCAAAGAGUGUGGCUAAUAAACGCACAACUCAGGAAGAUCAGCAAAUGAUUGCUGAUGAGCUAAUCGAAGUGAUAAUACCCUGUGCAGAGACGGAGCUGAAAUCGGACACAUUAGUAGUACAGGCCAAAAACAAUAGCAAUGAUUCUAUAAUAUUUGAAAUAGUUGAUCAAUCAAAAACUGAAUCAGGAACUAAGGAGGAUACUUUUAUAGUCGAGGUGACGGAUGCGAAUAGUAACGAUGGUAACGAUAAGAUAACUUCCGGUGGAGAUGAAAAUCAUGCAAUUUUUUCUACGGUAGAAGAUGAAGAGACUAGUCUUCACAAUACAGAUAGUAAAAAAGAUAACGGUCAGAAGAUAUAUAAGAAACCAAAACUCAAAAAACAGUCGGACAGUCAAUCCGAAGAAAAGAAAAGUGUCAAAAGAACUACCAAAAAAGAAUGUCCUAUUUGUGGAGUUUUGCAGCUCAAUCUUAAGCAGCACAUGCAUGUUCAUUUAGGCACUAAAAAUCAUGUGUGUCAGUACUGCAAUAAGGCUUUCUCACAGCGAGGUAAUUUGACCUGCCACCUCAAUAUUCACACCGGAAACAAACCACACAAGUGUACCCAGUGUGAUAAAAGUUUUGGCGACCCCACUGCCCUGAAGAUGCAUAAGGUUAUCCAUUCCAACGAGCUGAAUUUCAAAUGCGAAAUCUGUGGCAAAGACUUCAAAUAUCGCCAUUCGCUGCAGACCCACAUACGCAGUCACAAUGACGAUCGACGGCAUUCAUGUACAUACUGCGAUAUGGCGUUUGUCACAAGUUCUAGUUUGAAGAAACACGUUCGCAAACAUACCGGAGAGCGUCCGUAUAAAUGUGAGCAAUGUUCCAAGUGCUUCACCACCGCGGGUAAUCUUCUGACGCAUAGGAAAAGCCAUGCCAGAUCACUACGGUCUAAGAAGCAAACGGUAGCUGCGAAGCAAGGAAAGCCUUCAAGCUGUCUACUUCAGUGUUAGGUUUCCGAAAUUUCC